UACAUGUCGCUGUUUGUCGGUCUGAAAAGUCUGUUUACUAUCCGGUACUUAGUACAACGUCUGUUUAUGGAAAUUGCAUUGUGGGUAAAUAAAACCAUGCGUUGAUCAGCCAUGUUUGCUGUUUGUGAUUCUGUGAUCAGAUCACCCAAAAACACAACAUAUUUUGGCGACGAGGUGAAGUUUUAAAGAUGACAUCGACUUUUGGGAAGAUCGAUGCGUUUGAUGAUUCGCAGGGAGAGACCUGGGAACAUUAUACGGAGCGCCUAGGGCAGUAUUUCGUCGCAAAUGGUAUCGGUAACGAGGAACCGGGUGAUAAGGAAAAAAGGCGGGCGAUCCUGCUAAGUGUGUGUCGGGCGAAAGUCUACACAUUGAUGAGCGAUUUGUCAGCACCUACAAAGCCAAGUGAAAAGACAUACGAGGAUUUGGUGGUUCUAGUGAAGGAACAUUCAGCUCCUAAACCGUCAGAGAUUGAACAGCGAUACAAAUUUCACAAUCGAUUCAGGAAAACCGGUGAGUCUGUUUCGCAGUACAUUGCCGCGUUACGCAAUUUAUCUGAACAUUGUAAUUUUGGUGGAACUCUCGAAACUAUGAUCCGAGACAGGUUAGUUUGUGGUAUCAAUGAAGACAGGAUUCAGAGACGUCUGCUGUCAGAGGGUGAAUUGACAUUCACAAAGUCCUAUGAAAUUGCCAUAUCUAUGGAAACCGCAGCCAAGAAUGUUAUCGAUUUACAACAGGACACGACACCUGCGGGUGCGGGAAAAAUUCAUAAAGUCAGUCAACUGAAACGGGGUCAACAGAGACCCAAGUCACAGCAACAAACACAGGGUCACAGAGCACAGGCUCCGAAUAAUCAAGGUAAUCUUCAGAAACCAUGUUUCCGGUGCGGAGGUAAACACAAACCCCAGAACUGUAAGUUUAAAGACUCUGAAUGUUUUUAUUGUCGUAAGAAAGGACACAUUAUUGAGAAGUGUUUGACUAGACUUGCUGAAUGUAAAGGGGGUCGAGUUACUCACAGUAGUGACAGGAAAAAACAGAAUAAGGUCAAUGCUUUAGAGGAAGUCGAUGAUGAUGACAUUUAUCCAAUGUUUCGAGUGUCUUCGUCUAACAAAGAGCCCUAUACAGUAACGCUGUCAGUCAAUGGUAUUCCGUUACAAAUGGAGAUUGAUACGGGGGCGUCGAAAACGGUGGUAGGCGAGCCUGCAUUUGAACGUUUGACUAAAUGCGACAAAGUAACACUAAAACCGUCAAAUACCAAAUUGAAAACCUACACUGGUGAAAUGGUACCUGUUUUGGGACGUUUUGAAGUUCCUGUGAACUAUGGCAAGUUUGACGGGGUACUACAAGCUGAAGUUGUCAAGGGAGACAAUCCGUGCUUGCUGGGAAGAGAUUGGCUACAGCACAUUCAGCUCGACUGGAAUGAAAUUUUCAGUAUCUCGCAUGAUUCGGACAACAGUAUUAUCGAUGAGAUUGUGAGUAAGCAUCCAUCUGUUUUUGAGCCAGGCCUAAGCAAAGUUCGUGGGACCAAGGCCAAGAUUUACGUUGAUCCACAGGAAAAACCGUUGUAUUUCAAAGCGCGACCUACUCCGUAUGCACUUCGCGACAAAAUCGAACAUGAACUGGAUAGACUGGUUGCUGAGGGAACCAUAUCACCAGUUGAGUUCUCAGAAUGGGCUACACCCAUUGUUCCGAUUGUCAAGAGUGAUAAAUCAAUACGGAUUUGCGGUGACUACAAAGUAACAGUCAAUAAAGUCUCGAAACUCGACAACUACCCAAUUCCGAAGACGGAAGAUCUUUACGCGACUCUGGGCGGUGGAACAGAUUAUUCGAAAUUGGACCUGAGUCAAGUGUAUCAACAGCUCGAGUUGGAUGACAGUUUGAAACCGUACACGACCAUAAACACGCACAAAGGGUUGUUUGUCUACAAUCGUCUUCCAUACGGCGUAGCAUCCGCUCCUGGAAUAUUUCAGAGGACAAUGGAGAACCUGUUACAAGGCAUACCCCAAGUUAUCGUGCGCGUAGAUGAUAUUUUGGUUACCGGUAAGAACCGACGUCAACACUUAGAAAACUUGGAGGCUGUUCUCAACCGUCUGGAAAAAGCCGGUGUGAAGCUUAAACGUAGCAAAUGUUACUUCCUAAGGAAAGAGGUGGAGUACCUAGGGCACCGAAUUAACAGUGAAGGCAUGCAGCCUAUUGAGGGCAAGGUCAUGGCAAUUAAGGAUGCACCAGCACCAACAAACGUGAAAGAGCUACAGGCAUUUCUGGGAAUGUUGAACUAUUAUUCAUAUUACUUACCUAGGUUAAGCACAACCUUAGCACCAUUAUAUGCGUUGCUGGGCAAGGAUGUCAAGUGGAAAUGGGACAAAGCCGAAGAUGAAGCUUUCCGCGAAGCGAAGGACAUGCUUCAGUCAGACACGCUUCUCGUACAUUAUGACCCGGAUAAAGAACUUGUGUUGUCAUGCGAUGCCUCACCGUACGGUCUUGGGGCAGUGCUGUCACAUGUGAUGCUAGAUGGUCGCGAGCGACCGAUCGCAUAUGUAUCGCGAACACUUGCUCCUGCAGAGAAAAAUUACUCGCAGCUUGACAAAGAAGGUGCAGCGUUGAUAUUUGGUGUACGCAAAUUUCACCAAUAUCUUUUUGGACAAAAGUUUGUUGUCUACACGGACCAUAAACCGUUGCUUGGUUUAUUCAAAGCAGACAGAGCCAUUCCGAGCAUGGCAUCGGCACGCAUUCAGAGGUGGGCUCUGCUACUAGCUACGUAUGAGUACGAUUUGCGGUAUCGACCAGGAACUAAGAACAGUAACGCUGAUGGUCUGAGUCGCUUACCGUUGAGUGAAACCGUGGUUAACAUUCCUUUACCAGGAGAGACCCUAUUACUUCUUGAACACUUGGACACAACUCCAGUGACAUUUAAGCAAAUUCAGGAAUGGACCGCGAAAGACCCAGUUCUUAUACAAGUACUAGCACAUGUGCAGGAUGGAUGGAACAAAUGUGGAAGCGAAGAGACUAAACCAUACUUCAAUAGGAAGGCUGAACUCUCCUGUCAUGAAGAUGUGUUACUUCAUGGAAACCGCGUGGUUGUACCGAAACCAGGACGCGCCAAAUUGUUAGAAUUCCUGCAUGAAGGACAUCCAGGAAUUGUACGGAUGAAAGCACUAGCGCGUAGUCACGUGUGGUGGCCGGGAAUAGAUUCCGACAUCCAAGAUAAAGUGCAGGCAUGUACGGAGUGUCAGCUACAGAGACCUGUACCACCGGUGGCACCGCUUCACUCUUGGGACUGGCCAGACCGGCCAUGGUCGCGAAUCCAUGUGGAUUAUGCGGGCCCUUUCCUCGGGCAAAUGUUUCUUGUAGUCGUGGACUCGUAUAGCAAGUGGUUGGAAGUCGUACCAACAAAUUCGUCAACAUCUACGGUGACAAUCGCGAAACUGCGUCAAAUCUUUGCGGAACACGGUCUACCAGAUAAACUUGUUUCAGACAAUGGUCCAUGUUUUAUAAGUGAAGAAUUUGAGACAUUCUUGAGAGAAAAUGGAAUUCAACACGUGAAAAUAUCACCACACCAUCCAGCUACAAAUGGACUUGCGGAACGUUCAGUACGCAUUUUCAAAGAGGGAAUGAAAAAGAUGGGCACUUCCGGUGGUGAUACCGCAGCUAAGUUAAGUCGUUUCCUACUCUCGUACAGGUCAACUCCGCAAACAACGACCGGGCUCUCACCUGCAGAACUCUUGUUCAAUCGCAAGUUGCGAACCAAGCUAGAUUUGGUUAAACCCGACGUUCGUGAACGAGUCGUCAAGCGACAACAAACUCAGAAAAACUAUCAUGACAGUCGCGCUAAAGAACGUGUAUUUGCGGAAGGAGACCAAGUUUUCGUUAAAAACUUUUAUUCAGGACCAAAAUGGAAAUCUGGAGAAAUAGUAUCUAAGACCAGUCCUGUUUCAUACACGGUCGAAGGUCAAAAUGGUGUCAGGGCUAGACGGCACGUAGAUCAUAUCAGACAGAGACACUGUUUGGCAGUCGCUGAGCCAAACAUUCACCAGGAAAUAUUUGAGUCGGACGCUCAUCCAGUCAUAACUGCAGUUUCCGACGUGGUAACCAACUCCAAGGACUCUUCACCAUCCGUGGGGGAAAAGGAAGGCUCCAGUCCAAAACAGACAAAGCAAUCGUCUGUUGUGCCAGUUGUUAGACCGCAACGUGUGAAGACAACGCCUGCAUACUUGAAGGACUAUGUGACUCAAAAAUGAACACAUUCAGAAUUUGUGCAAAUAAUAAUUUGUACCAAUUGCAGUUAACUGUUUUGAAAGUUUUCUUAUAAACUGUUAAUUUCCUAGUUAAGUCAAAUGUGCCGGUAGUACAUUUUUGAAAAGACUGUUUGAAGUUUAUAGUUAAUAAUAACAAACAACGUUAUUUCAUUUUGAAGUUAAAAGUCAUUUAAUUCAGUAAAUUCAGUUUUAUCAUAUAGUUCAGUGACAUUUACAGACAAUGGACAGUAAUUCAUACAUUUAGUUUACAACAAGAAUUAGUAUAAUUCAAAUGUGAUUUGAAAUGCUUAUAAUUCUAUUUUCAGACUCUAUUCUGAACAGUGUUAACGUCUUUACUUAAAGGUGGAGGAAUGUAGUGUAUUUGAUAUGAUAUGCUAAUCAUACUACAUGUCGCUGUUUGUCGGUCUGAAAAGUCUGUUUACUAUCCGGUACUUAGUACAACGUCUGUUUAUUGAAAUU